AUGGACGAAUUACGCUUUCGUUCUCAGCAGUCCCCGCGGGGCAACGACCCGGCCAUGCACUCGUUUGUCUCACCUCCUCGAAAUGCCUCCAGAAUGCAGCCCCCCCAAGCCAACUCUCACGUCGGAGCUCACGACCAUCGAUCUGGCCUUCCCCGCCGCUUCACCACCGACUCUGGUCGAGUCCCGACACUAUCUACCCUAGGUGCUCAGCGAGUACCAGAACCUCCCCAGGAUUAUAAUGCGAUGCAAAAGGUGCAAUUGAUUGAGAAGAAGAAGAUGGAGUAUGAGCGCAUCCGGGAACAAAGGCGGCGUUUUGAGCUCGAGAUGCAAAAGUUGGAUCAGCAACAACGGCGGGAAGCUUUGGAACUUGCUCAGAUGGAGGAGGAAGUGGGUAGAAUGGGUGGUCACCAGUCCGAGCCUACAACACCCCCAGAGUACCGCGACAACUCUGGGUUCCCUACGUUUUUGUCACGACCGAGCCGAUAUUCGAUGUCCAGCUUGACCUCCCCUCCAGGUUUCUUCAACCGCGCCGUCCGAUCCGGUUCGCAGCUCGCUUCGCCUCAAUCUGGUAUAAGACAGGCACGAUUCGGCUUCGACGACACCACAACACAGAUGCCUUCUCGCUCUGUCCCAACUACACGCCGGAAUAGUGACGACGAGAAGGAGGAAGCUGUUCGACAGGACCCUAGUAGCCAUCGGUCGGGUAAUUCGUAA